AAAGUAGCAUUAGAACGUCUUCAUUCACUUGAACUGGAUCUUGUCGAAUAUCUCUUUCUUAAAGUCAUUUAUUUCUUAAAGCCAGGUAAGCUCCAAAUGCAUUAUUUAACUGAGUACAGUGUAAAAGUGUAUGGUGCGUAGAUGUAUAUUUGUGCCGUCUAUGUAUAUAAUAAUAAUAAUUUAUUAAUUUGUACUGCGCUAAAACUAUAGAAUAUUCUAAAGCGCUUAAUUACAUGAAACAGGAAGCUAAUUUUAAAAUUUCCCUACGUUAUUUACACAACAUUUAACUACUAUAAGCAUCUAUUUAAAAAUAUUUAAAAACAAGAAGUUUUAUUGAAUGUACGCAUCUCUAUACAAAAAUGUCUUAAGAUUUGUCUUAAAAGAAUCCAACGAAGGUGAAAGCCGAAUCUCACACGGUACUAAGUUCCAUAUAUAGAGUAGGUCCUGCUUUCAAAAAGGCACGAUCACCAAAAGACUUUCUACGUGCGCUUGGAACAUGAAGAAGCCCUACUUCGUCCGAUCUCGAAGAGUAGUUAUUACUUUGUUUAUAAGUCAACAUGUCACGAAUAUAUUUGGGAGCCAAUCCAUGUAGAGCUUUAUAAACCAACAGUACGAUCUUGAAUAUAACACGGUAUUUAACCGGUAACCAAUGCAGUCUCAUUAAUGCCGGUGUCCCAGGAAAUUUGGCCCCCCCAAAAUUUGGCCCCCCCGGGCCAAAUUUCCUAGGAAAUUUGGCCCCCCUGCCAUAUUUCCUAGGAAAUUUGGCCCCCCCUUCGGAAAUUUGGCCCCCUCGAAAACAUAGUUUACUUUAUCGCUAUAAGCUCGGAAAUCGUGAAGCUUCUUCUAAAACCAAGAUCCUAAAUUAAAGUGUUUGUCAGUAUUUAUAGUUAGUUUGCAUAAUUUAUUUGUGUCGAAAUUCUUCAUUGCGGCCAAGAGCUAAAAAUCGUUUCCUUUAUGUACUAGAUAAAACAUGAGCAGCCGAUCUGUAUCUCAGGGGCGUAGGAAGCGGGGGGGGCACGGGGGGCACGUGCCCCCCCAAAUUUUUUUAAAGGACUAAAAGUGCCCUUUUUUGUGAUAAAAAGUGCCCUUUUUGUGUUGAAAAGUGCCCUUUUUUGUGAGGAAAAGUGCCCCUUUUGUAGAAGCUAAUGUCGCUGUAAAUACUAAAUUAAAACAAUAGGUGCCGUUUUUGUGUGGAAAUUUACAAAUUUUUUUUAAAAAAUUAGGUCACAAACAUAAAUUUCGGUAUGAUACGACGGAAAAUUUUCCUCAGGAGAAAUUUCUCCCCCCCCCCGUCGACAACAUUUCCGGGAAAAAUUUUUUAGGUGCCCUUUCCGAUAGUAAUGUGCCCCUACAAGCCGGUGCCCCCCCAAACUCCAGGUGCUUCCUACGCCCCUGCUGUAUCUGAUAUACAAACUCGAGCCGAAGGCGUGGAGAGUUUGUAUAUCAGAUACAGAUCGGAUGCAAAUGUUUUAGUGUUCCUACCACUGUUACAGUACGAUGCAUUACAUAUUGUGUAUAUGUAAGUAAAAUGCAUAGGAAAAGUUUUUUUUACGAAAUAACCACACAUUUGAUUUUGUUUUUCGAACAAACGUUUCGACUUAAAAGUCUAUUUUUACCCUAUACUAAUGCUAAUUACUCCCUGUUAUUUAUUAGACGUGUGGAUAUUAACAUAUUCGCCAACGCAUGAUGUCAUCGUUUGCUAUAAAAGUGCGGUUGUUAUUCUGACUAAUUUUAUGCUAUGUGACUAAAUUUAUAGAUCCAAAUAACUUGUAAUAUCUUAGAAAUUCCUAUCUCUAAAAAUCGUUUUGUGUCCUUAGCUUAAAGCUAAGCCAUUAUGCUUUAACGUUGUCCUCAACAGAUACCCAUGUGUGAUGUGUCUGGCAUGACUGCACUAGCACAUUAUUAUUUUUACGCUUUCCUUCAAACUUUUAGCUCUUGGCCGCAAUGACGAAUUUCGACACAAAUAAAUUAUGCAAACUAACUAUAAAUACUGACAAACACUUUUAGGAUCUUGGUUUUAGAAGAAGCUUCACGAUUUCCGAGCUUAGGGAUAAAGUAAACUAUGUUUUCGAGGGGGCCAAAUUUCCGAAGGGGGGGCCAAAUUUCCUAGGAAAUAUGGCCCGGGGGGGGGGCCAAAUUUCCAAGGAAAUUUGGCCCGGGGGGGCCAAAUUUUCGGGGGUGGCCAAAUUUCCUGUGACACCGGUAGGUGUAAUAUGAUCAAACUUAGGUACGAGACAUAUAACACGAGCAGCAGCGUUUAGCACUUUCUGCAAUCGAUUUAAUUGAUAUUUUGGAAUUCCAUACAGCAAAGAAUUGCAAUAAUCCAAAUGGGAUGUAAUAAAUGCAUGAACUAAAAUUUUGGUAGCAUCGUCAGUUAAGUAUUUCCUGAUUUGUUUGAUAUGGUAAAGUCUUCGAAAGGCCUUGCUGCAGAUUUUGCUAAUAUGCAAAUUCAUGGACGUGUGAGUAUCUAACCAAGACCCAAGAUCACGAACAGCGCCUACCGGAGAAAUCAAUACUUCUCCUACCCACAAUUUGUCAAUCGAUACCUUGGAUAAUUGCUGACGAGAGCCAAUAAUAAUAAAUUCUGUCUUGCUACUUUGAAUAAAAAGACGAUGUGCAGUCAUCGAGUUUCGAAGCUCAUCAAAUACAAUCUUCCAUGCAUUGCUUUAACAGCUGACUCCUGAUGCAAUGAGUUCUGAGGUUUAAAAGAAAGAUACAAUUGUGUGUCAUCUGCAAAAGCAUGAUGACAAGGCAGAUGUUUAGAAAUUGCUUUAACAGCUGACUCCUGAUGCAAUGAGUUCUGAGGUUUAAAAGAAAGAUACAAUUGUGUGUCAUCUGCAAACUGAAGCAUGAUGACAAGGCAGAUGUUUAGAAAUAAUCUCAGAAAGGCCAGACACGUAAUGUAAAAAUAGAACAGGACCCAGGCAGCUGCAUUGGGGAACUCCAGUAGCAACCAUAAACUCGGAGGACUUACACCGAUCAAUGACAACUUGCUGCUUUCGAUUAGCCAGAUACGAUCUAAACCACUGCGCUGUCCACUACUCCAAAAUCAUUCUUGAGGAUAUCAAUAAGAAUAUUAUGGUCUAUAGUGUCAAAGGCAGCACUCAUGUCAAGCAUAACAAGCAACGUAACCUCUUGGUUGUCCAUAUUAAUAAGUAUGUCAUUCUGCACUUUAAAAGCAGCGCAGUUUCAGUUGAAUGGAACUGACGAUAUGCUGAUUGACUGACAGGCAGUGGUGCAUUUUCGUUGCAGUGAUUAACUAAUUGCGACAUGACAACUUUCUCAGCUACCUUUGCAAGAAAAUGAAGAUUAUUAACAGGUCUAAAAUUUUCAAACACUAAAUCCAUACCAAGUUUCUUAAGACGGGGAUCUACUUGCGACACAGGAGAAAAGGAUUUAAGCAAUGUUCAGUAGUUAUCGGAUUAACACGUACCAAUCUUAUUAAUUUCGUCAUUGAUAAGUUCAAUCUUUCGACCGAAAAAUUAAUGUUCCAAAUUCGUUCGCCAGAAUCAACGGAUCCUCAUAAGUAAACAUUCAGCUGACUUCUGUUUGGACAAUGAAUUGAUAACACGAAACAAUUUCUUAGAAUUGCCUGAGCAUUUGUCAAUUAAAUCAGAAUAAUAGCUAGUCUUUGUUUUACGAAGAAGGGCACUGCAUUUAUCUCUAGUCUUAUAAUAAAGUUCUUUAUCAUGGGAACAACCAGAUUGAAGCAUUUUUCUUUCGCAUUUCCGUCGUUCAGCUUUAAGCUUUUUAAGAUCAACAGUGAACCAAGAUACAACAGGUUUCAUAACCAUCUUUUUCGUCUUAAUAGGAGCGUGUUUAUCAAGAAGAUUUAACAAAGUCGUAUCAUAACAACGUGUAAACUCAUCAAUAUCCGAAAAGGAAUUGACACAUAUAAUUCAGACCCGGAAAUAUCAUUUUUGAACAUGGGAAUGUCUAUUCUUUUCAGCUGACGGAAUCGAAGUUCCUUAACAACAAAAUUUGGCUUAGGCAUAUACAAAUUACACUCGAUGAACGAAUGAUCAGAUAAAGCCAACGUAGAUUCUAAUUCAGUUAUAAUCACAUCAUUAAUUGAUCUAUAUAUUAUAAGAUCUAGAGUAUGUCCUAAAUAUGAGUUGGAAAGGCCACAUGUUGGGUUAAACCAAAUGUUCCCAAAAGCUCACAAAAUCUUUUAGCAUUAGUAUCGUCAGUAGAUUCAACGUGGAAAUUAAAAUCGCCUGAAAUAAGUAACCUCUCAGUUGAUAUUACAAUACUUUCAAGGUAGGCUAAGUAGAAAAUUCCUCAAAAAACAAACUCACGGGUUGAGGAUAGUUAGUAGAGGAUGGCGGACGAUACACACCAACAAGUUUAAUAACUUGAUUUUGAAUCGUUAUACAUUCCACUCAGAAAAUUCAAACGAUCUGAACUGAUUAGCGUCCAUUAACUUAGUUCUCAUUAUACUCUCAGUGCAUAACUCCAACUCCCCCGCCUGAUCUAUCAUUUUCUCUGGGCGAAUUUUGAAAACAGUAACCAUUAGGAGAAAGAGCUGCAAUCGUAACAGAGUCAGCAUCUUUCAGCCAGGUUUCAGUAAAAACACAAAUGUCAAUGAUUAGAAUUCACAACAUGGUCAACAACAUCUGCUGUUUUGUUUCUUAGAGACCAAGCAUUAACACAAGCAAAUCUAAGACAAGUUAGUUUCUUUGGCGUUGCGUCAGCAUCAUUUUGGUUUCUUAACGAUUGAGGCAAGGGAAUAUUAAUUAAGUUAUUAUAAUUCACACCGGUAAAGUUUACCGUGGUAGAAUUUUCCAAUGUUUCGGGACUCAGUAAUAAAAGUUGAACCAUCCUAUUUUGUCUCUCAUCGAGAGAUCCGUACAAAAACCCUCAUUGUUGGUUUUUCUGCGAUUGUUAUGACUUUUGUUUUUGUAAACACAAUUGCAACAUUAGUCAGAGACGUAGCUGCGGGGGGAAUUGAUCGAGGGAUCCGGAAUCCUCCACUUUUCUUCAGGUCCAACUUUGUAAUUCUUUCAAAACUGAGAAACUCUAGGUGGUGCGGGGUGUAGCCUCUUAAUGUUUUCAUCUAUGGCAUAAAAUAUAUCAAAUCUUUGAGAUUGUCAUAAAAUAUUUCUAAAAUGUGUGAAAUAGCGUUUCGCAGACCCUGAAAAUAGAAAUUUUUCCAAGGGACCAUGUCCCUGGACGACCAACCCACUGAACCCAGCGGGCAAAAUGACGUUUAUCCAACGUUGAAUCAACGUUGGAAAUGACCUUCCAGACGUUGGAUAGACGUUGAAAAAGGGUUGACUAUGCAAAUUGAAUCGACGUUAGUGUUUCGACGUUGAAACAACGUUGAAAUUAGGUUGCCAAUCUCCUGAAUCUCGUCAACCAUAAUUCAACGUUGAAUCCACGUUAAAACAACGUUGAGAUUGGUUCACAAAUCAACGUCGUACAUUUAACCAUGAACUGAACGUUAAUUCAAUGUCUGUUGGCUGCUGUUGAACCAAUGUUUGUAAAACAACGUCAGAGUAACGUAGAUAUUACGUUGUCCACGUCGCAACUUUUUUUCUACCAAAUUUCAACGUUGAAACAACGUCGUGUGCCCGGUGGGAACCCCCCUAGUUGUUCUGCGUAUUCAACGAUUAGACCCCCGCUCACUCGUUUGGGACAUGCUACGCCCCUGACAUUAGUUCCCUCCGAAGGCUAUAUCAAUUAAUUCUCUGAACGGCGAAAUUAUAUAUAUUACAAACCAUCUGCUGUAUAGUUGCGUAAUUGCAACUGAAGUGAUGGCGGUAGCCAAUAUUUUCAUUCAAAACAAGUUGUCUCAUGAUCGUUCAUGGUAAAUAUAUACAUGCAUGCAUGGGCAUGUACUAAUUUUCACAUGUCAAGGUCAAAUAAGAACAAAGGAUAUAAUAAAGUCAAACAAUAAACACCUCUUAUAAUGACGUCAAACAGAUAUGCGAUGUCCCACAGGACAAUGCAAGCCGAUGAUGAGCCAAUAAAUUUCAUAAAAACAUAAUUUGCAUUGCGAAUUGGCACAUAUGGCACAUGUAUGCAUAGAGAUCCGCAGGAGGCCAUGUGAGACUAAUACUGCAGCUCAAAGGGGUUUGUAUUAGCAGUUUCAACCCGCCCGAAUUCCCCCAUCCGGACUGUUAAAGGUAAUUUCUGUAGAUGAACAUUUGAAUUUUCGAGAGAAAAUUGUAUACAUGUGUAAAGGUGACAUGACACGAAAUUUUUAUCGUCCCAUUCGAAAGAAUCCUCAAAUCAACUGGUAAAAUUGUGAAGCAACUUUUCUUCGAAUUGACAUCUAUAAAAAUCCUUCAACAAAUUUUUAAUAAUAUAUGUUGUAGUUAUAUAUUAGCGUCAUUGUUUCUUGCAGACUAGCAUGUGGUAAGAGCAUGAAACUGGUUUACUCUUUUAGUUGUUCGAGGAUUGCAAGAUGUGGUGAAAAUAGAACAACUUCAAGACAGAAUGCAAGAGAUGUUACGUCAAUACGAAGAUACACUUGAUCAAGCAAGUGAUGGUGUUCGUUUUGGAAGAAUUCUUCUUGCUGGGGCGUGUAUUGGUCGUGUUCAUAAGAAAAUUAUUGAAGAUCUCUUCUUUAAGCCAGAUAUUAUGUGUGUCCCUGUUGCAAAUAUUCUCAAUAACUUGCAUUUGUCGCAAGGAUAUGGAACAAUGUAAAUAUUCUACAGUCUAUCUAUGACCAGCCAUACAUGUAGCCGGGGCGGGUUCCUGGGUCGGUCGCUCGCUUCCAUAUGACUAACCUGUAGCCGGAACUGAGCAAGAAUGCAAUUUUUGCCGGAUUUCAUAUUUAUCGUUCCUCAGUAGCGUAUAUGCACGUUCCAACAAAUCCCUCUGACCGCUCCAACAAAUCCUGAAGAUUUUCCGAUGUAUUGUGUCUGAAAACCAUUUUCACUCAAAUAUAUGAUUGGACUCUUGUACCACAGCCCUCCAUUCGCAGAAGCGUUUGCAGUUUUAGUUAAUUUACUAUUUUAGUUUUACACGCAGCCUGUAUACCCAGAAAAUGUAACCAGAGCUGGUGCAACAUCACUAUAUCCUAAAGCCCUGGGGCCGGUUGUUCGAAAGUCGAUCAGCUUAACCCCCUGCAGGUUAACCUAAAAUUCAAAGCAAACUUCCCAACAGCUUGUCUAUAAAUUUGAAAAUAUUUCUUCAGAAAUCUUGUCUGGGUCGACAGGAGUUCACUUCUCUGAAGUUUUGAAAUAAACAGACGUGUAGAAAUACACAAACCAAAACAGUGGGUUCAAUUUUAACCGGGGGUUAGCGCUAACCCACCUUUGAACAACCGGCCCCUGGGCAAACUAGGAAAUAUUGUUGCAGAAACAUUGUUUCCUGCCAAUGUUUCGCCAUGUUUCCCAGAGUGGGCAAACACUAGGAAACAUUAGUGAGAAUUUACUGAGAAACAUAGGGAAACAUCAAAUGUUUCUGAAUUUGCUAGAAAACAUUUUUGCUUCUCGAAUCUCGGGAAGCAAAUUUUGUUUCCGCAACAAUGUUUCCACGGGUGGGCAAACAGGGAAACAUUUGAGUUUCCACCGAGAAUCACAAAUGUUUCCACAACAAUAUUUCCUAGUUUUAAGUCUUUAGUGAAUUUGAUCCAAAUUUUAUAUUACAACGUGCAUGCAUGGAAUGUACUUUAAGUUCAAGUAUAUAGCCUACGUAAGUAAGUUGCUUAUCUUAAAACAGAAGAAUUUAAAUUGUCAGGAAGGUGAUUUUCUUGCCUUUGGUAUAUUGUGCAAUAUGUCAUAAAAUCCGUGGAAGUUUCACUUAAACAUAUUAUUAAAACAUCACAACGUCACAAAAUUAUAAACGUACGUUACUCAGUAUUUAUCUUGAUGCGAGAGUAAAUCUGAGAACGUAGUCGAACUUGAGUAUAGACAUAGUAUAGUUUGUAUAAUAUAAUUAAAACUCUUUCUCAAAAGUUUUGAUAAUUAAUAUUCAAUCAACUGUAAUCUGUGCAGUAUGAAUUAUAUAUAUACUAUUGCAGACUGUGGUUAUAAUUUAAUCAUAUCGCGGUGUAGUUCAG